AUGGGGAGCAAACUUUCCCCCCUUCUGGCAGAAGUAUUCAUGGCCGAUUUUGAGACCGAUUUGGAGAAAAGAGAAAAACUCUUCCCCCGUGUCUGGUGGCGCUACGUGGACGACAUUUUCGCUUCUGUAAAAGAACGCUACCUCCCACAGACACUAGAAUUAUUGAAUAAUCAGCAUAGAUCGAUAAAAUUUACGGUUGAGGAAGUAGUUGAGGGAAAACUGCCCUUCCUUGAUCUGCUGAUCUCAAGGAACGAGGACAACACAAUAAAGUUUGAAAUCUACUGGAAACCAACCUCAACUGACAGGUAUAUUACGGUCGACUCACGUCACUUUGGUGCUCAAAAACAAGCCGCCUCCCACUCGAUAGCACAUCGGCUGUACCAUAUUCCAUUGGAAAAGCCUGAGUUUGAAGACGAGAAGCAAAAAAUUUUUGAUGCCGGAAUUGUGAAUGGAAACGACAAUGACUUCGUUCUUAAAAUUCUUCACAAGCACGCCCGAAAAAAGCACCGAAGUGAUGCAACAACACUAACACCGGAUAAAGAAGAAUCGCAAAGAGUUAGUCUACCGUUUUAUCCAAAAUUGACUAAUGGAAUCAGCCAGAUUCUUCUGCAGCAUGGUUUAAAAACUGCAUACAAGAGUGGAAACACCCUCAAGGAUCGUCUAGUCUCGCUUAACGACAAGAUUCCUGAGGAGGAUAGAUCCGGAAUUUACGAAAUUCCAUGCAGCAGCUGCCCGGCUAUUUAUAUUGGUCAAACUCGCCGUAAAUUCAAAGUCCGUCUCAAAGAACAUAAAAAUGCCGUUGAAAAUGGGAGAAUUAAUGAAUCGAGUGUUGCCGCCCACAGAACAGAGUUUGACCAUUCCGUCGAUUGGAAAAAGGUCAAAUUUAGGAAGUCUGUACGAAAAACAUCACAUCUGAAUGCCUGGGAGUCGAUAUUCAUCAGCACCGCCGAAAAACCGUUAAUGAACGAGGACGAGCCACCGAUCAUUUCAUCUCUUUUCAACCUGAUCAACCAAAAAUCCGCAUAA